UAACCCUGCACUUGGGAAUCCGUACUUGAUAUUUCUAGAUUCUGAACACACACUAUCUAUCUUUAUAUAUACAUUAACUUCGUGCGUAUCACUCACUCCACACAACCACAGUGUAAUAAAAUGGGGAAUCAAUUCUUCUACACGACCCUUCUGUUAGCUUUCUGCCUCUCGUGUCACGAUGUUGCAGUUGUGCUGACUGAAAAUUCCAAUUUGCCACUCAAAGCUGUAAAUCUUGGAAAUUGGCUUCUUAUUGAAGGGUGGAUGAAACCUUCUCUCUUUGAUGGAAUAACCAACAAUGAUUUAUUGGAUGGAACUCAAGUUCAGUUCAUGUCUACCAAGUUACAGAGUUAUCUCUGUGCAGAAAAUGGGGGAGGAACUGUUGUUGUUGCCAAUCGAACCAAAGCUUCGGGUUGGGAAACUUUCAGGCUGUGGAGGGUCAAUGAGUCGACCUUCAAUUUUAGAGUGUCCAAUAAGCAAUUUGUGAGAUUGGACAAUCAAGUUGGAGGAAACAAAUUAGUGGCUAAUUCAGAUUCACCUAGCGAUAUGGAAGCAUUUCAGAUUGUGAGGAAUGAUGAUGAUCCAAACAGGAUUCGCAUCAGAGCACCAAACGGUCUUUUUCUACAGGCCACAUCGGAGACUAUAGUGAUUGCAGAUUAUGAAGGCUCUAGCUGGGAUGAUAGUGACCCUUCUGUCUUCAAAAUGACUGUUUUGACUGACACAAUUAUAAAAGGCGAAUACCAAAUAACAAAUGGUUAUGGCCCAGACAGAGCUCCCAAAAUCAUGCAGGAUCACUGGAAUACGUAUAUCACUGAAGAUGAUUUUAGAUUCAUGUCAGAAAAUGGCUUAAAUGCUGUCAGAAUUCCAGUUGGGUGGUGGAUAGCUCAAGACCCAACACCACCAAAGCCAUUUGUUGGAGGAUCCUUGGAAAUACUAGAUAAUGCCUUCACAUGGGCACAAAAGUAUGGAAUGAAAGUAAUUGUGGACCUGCAUGCUGUUCAAGGUUCACAAAAUGGUAGCCCUCACAGUGCCACGAGAGAUGGGUAUCGAGAAUGGGGAGAUCCAUACAUACCUGAUACUGUGGCAACCAUAGACUUCUUAGCUGAAAGAUAUGCCAACACACCAAGUCUAAUUGCAAUAGAGCUGAUGAAUGAGCCUCUAGGCGUCAAUCUUCAAAGCCUCAAAAAAUAUUAUCAAGAAGGUUAUGAUGCUGUACGGAAACACACGUCGAGUGCUUAUGUGAUCGUGUCUAGCCCUCUGGAUAGAGAUCCAAAAGAGCUUCUGUCAUUUGCUGGAGCUUUCAGUGGAGUUGUCAUUGACGUGCAUUACUACAAUCUCUUUUCGAAUAAAUUCUCCAAUAUGAAUGUGCAGCAGAACAUAGAUUAUAUUAAAAAAUAUAGAGCUUCAGAUCUUAGCUCUCUGAGCAAAUCAAAUGGACCCCUCAGCUUUGUUGGGGAAUGGAGUGGUGAAUGGAAUGUGAAGAGUGCAACAAAGAAAGAUUACCAACAAUUUGCGCAAGUUGAAAUAGAGGCAUACUCUCGUGCCACAUUUGGAUGGGCUUAUUGGUCUUACAAAUGUGAUUCUAACCACUGGAGCCUCAAGUGGAUGAUUGACAACAAUUAUGUGAAGCUUUAAGUAUGACCCUGUGCUGUAAGAGUGUUGGGUACUUUAUUUUAAGCGAGGUCAAGUGUAAUUAAAAAAAAAAAAAAAAAGAAGAUAAUUAAGCAACUACUGUUAUGUAUAGCCUACACUUGAAAAUAAAAAAACAUAUAAAGGUUU